AUUUUAGGCCUGCUUGGAAGAAUAUAACUCAAUACAGUGGCCUAGUCUUGCUGGUAGAGGUUUUGCAGACUACCAUUGCCACCCCGGCUCUGAAGGAUGGAUUUAAACACCACCAUGUCGAGCAAAAGGGCAAAGACCAAGACCACCAAGAAGCGCCCCCAGCGCGCAACAUCCAACGUAUUUGCCAUGUUUGAUCAGUCACAGAUUCAGGAAUUCAAAGAGGCCUUCAACAUGAUUGAUCAGAACAGAGAUGGUUUCAUUGACAAGGAAGAUUUGCAUGAUAUGCUUGCCUCCUUAGGAAAAAAUCCAACUGAUGAGUAUCUGGAUGCCAUGAUGAAUGAGGCUCCUGGGCCCAUAAAUUUUACCAUGUUUCUCACUAUGUUUGGUGAAAAGUUAAAUGGCACAGAUCCGGAAGAUGUCAUCAGAAAUGCUUUCGCUUGCUUUGAUGAAGAAGCAACUGGCACCAUCCAGGAAGAUUACCUGAGAGAGCUGCUGACAACCAUGGGAGAUCGGUUUACAGACGAGGAGGUGGAUGAGCUAUACAGAGAAGCGCCUAUCGACAAAAAGGGAAAUUUCAAUUAUAUUGAGUUCACGCGCAUCCUUAAACAUGGAGCAAAAGACAAAGAUGACUGAAAAGAACUUCAGAUUCCAGCCAAACGUUCCUUGUUGCCACUUUGGGUAUUUCUGAGACUUUCUCUUAGAGUCUGUUGCAUGCCCUGAGCUUUGCAGCUUUUGCCUUUCUUGUUGUAUUUAUUCUCAGCCAUUUUGGGCACAUGCAUCUCUAUAAUCAGACUGGAAAUGGGGUUUUUUAUGAUUUUCAGAAUAGAAAAAGGGCAAUUUAACUUACCAGCCCCCCAAAAUAACUGCAGUCUACACAGAGUCAGUAUAUUUUUUCAGAGAAAGUUAUUCACUCAAUUUUUUCUGAACCAUAAUUAAACUUUAUGAUAAAAAACUUA